AUGUGGGCUGCUACGCGCCGUUGCUCAGCCAAUCGAAUCGGGUAUGUCUCACAGCCAGUCAGAAGCAGCGCUACUCGUGCAUUUUUUCAUCUUCGAUCGUUGCGCGUGCUGUGCUUGUUGAGCCGUCCCGAAAUGGGCACAUUCGGUGGCCAUGCUCUCCCUGGAAGCUUUUUCAUCCUAUUUAGUGUAUGGGGUGUGUGGGACCUUUUAAGGAGGUUCUACCGUCGCCGGGCCUAUGAACUUCACCUCAGCAGCACACCGGAGCCCAAGUACUAUAAUCGUGUGUCGUCCCCGCUAACUAGUGGCUGCAAUGGUCGAGGAUUGCCCCUUGAUUCGAUGCUAAAAGCCAUUACGUGCCUUAUAGGGAUCACAGGUGAAGUUAUCACAGGGUUCAAAGAUGGAAAAUUCGUGCACAUUGGGAAUAUUCAGCACUGCACCAUGUAUUCGACAUUCGCACUCAGUGGAAUCAUAGAAACCCUCAUGUACUACGGCAUAAUCAAAACAUCUAUACAGGUGGAAUAUGUGUUCAACUUUGUGGCGCUGCUUUCGGAAGGAUUCCUUUUCUUAUUCCAUCUGCAUGGACGAACUCCUUUGGAUGUUUAUUUACAUAUGUUGCUCCUCGGAAUGAUCUUGCUUACAAUCAUCAGUGGCUUCGCUGAAGUUUACAUGAGAGAUCAACCGAUUUAUGCAAUCGUUCGCAAUUGGUCAACUCUAGUUCAAGGCACGUGGUUCUGGCAGGUCGGUGCGAUUCUUUACCCGGUUGCCAGCUGGAUGCCAGUUUGGGAUGGGAUGAGAAAGGAGAGUAUUCCGGCAGCUGCAAACCUGUUUUGCUAUCAUCUUUUGGUGGACUUCGUUGGGAUUGUUUUGCUUGCCUCCGUGAUGAGUCUCCGGCUGGGUAGAAUUAAUUUUCGAGCAGCAGCAAAACCGUUUCAUACACAGCACCCGGAGCAUACCAUUGAGGAUUUGUCCGCGGAUAUGAGUACUGAACUGACUCUUUAUGCAGCGUCCAGAGAAGCGGAAGAGUCCAGCACAAUGCUCAACAGUGUUCACAGCUGAGGCUCGAAGUACCUGGUCGAACAGACUGUGGGGAUUUCCAGUUUUUUCACUACACCUGUUUCACCUUUCUCUCUGUUAAAUUUACUACUUGUCGCUCUGCCUAAUAAUGUUUUGCACACUUCUGUCAUAAACAACAGAACUCAUGGAGAUUCAAGCCUAGAGACCAAAACACAUUCUUUCGCGUGCACAUUGGCUUCACAAGUUUCUUGCUUUCACCUCUGAAUCAAGUUG